ACAUCAACGGUCGGAGAAAGCGGGGUCGGUUUGUUUCGUGUGGGAGGGGGGGUCCAGCGGCCGUCCCGCGAGGAUUUUUUUUUUUUUAAACGCGCACGAGCUAAAGACACGAGUGUGGAGCUCAACAUGGUGCAGCUGUCUUCUUCCCCUACCACCCUGAAUGUCACCCCGCCACGUGAACGCUCAGAGGAAGGCAGUGAAAGGCAGGAGGACCUGGCGAAGGCCGGCAGCCCAAAGAUGGGCUCCUCCGACGGGCUGAACGCCCCGCAGCCUGGCCUGGAGUUCUCCACCGCCUACCUUGGCUACGAGACCUACAUCGAAGAUGGCCUCAUCUGCCUCAAACACAAAGUUCGCAACUUGGAGAAAAAGAAGUUGAAACUGGAAGACUACAAGAAGAGGUUGAACCGGGGCGAGGCGCUAAACAAGGAUCAGAUGACAGCUGUAGAAAAGUACCAAGAAGUGCUGCACAACCUGGACUUUGCUCGGGAGCUGCACAAAACCCUGGACAGCUUGACUCAAACUCUGCUGAGAGCCCAGAAGAAGGCAGUUAAAAAGGAGCAGCUGGCGAAGGUGGAGGUGGAGAGGAGGCGCCUGAGCACCGUGCUCCAGGUACAGCACCUCCUCCACAGCCUUCAGCAGGAGCAUGUGAGGAGAGACCUGCUGGCCGGACACAACCAGGCACCCCACGUCCCAGCCCAGCAGCUGCACAGCCUAAAUCAGCUUGCCACCCUGGUGGGAGUCAAGAGGGAUAACCGACUCAGUUUAGCUGAGCAGAUGGAGCAGGCAUCCCUGGUCUACUUGGACCUGCUGGAGGGGAAAGACAAGCCAGUGGCUGGAUCCACAUUUAAGUUGUUGAAAGAGGAGCUCACCAGGCUUUUAAACUGCAAGUACUUCAACUGUCUUCCACCUCCACCCAACAAGACUCCAGAGGUGUUGCUGAGCUCAACCAGCCACAGCACCAUAUCAAAGUCGAAACCAAACGAAACUUCUAAGAAGGAGUUUUUCAACAGACUGUACCUGACUGACAUGGAGACUCCUCCCACUCAGAACUGGAAGGACGACUUCCAGGCCAUGAGGGAGCGGGAGCCUCCCGACUGCUGGGACGCAGAGUUCCCGGACGGACCCAUCUCGCCCCACACUGCAGUCCACAAACCGUGGAGAGGAGCCGCCACGUUCAUCCCCAAGGUCCCUGUCACCACCAAGAAACAGUCUGCUGACAGCAAACAGAGAAAAGAGAGGAAAGCCAAAGGAGAACAAAAUGCAAAGUCGGCAGUACACAUGGACAUGCCUAUAGAGGUUUUCAGUUCUCCGUCUGCAUUACCCAAAGACCCCAUCCUGAGGAGGCAGCACCUGGAGGACUUCAUGACCAAGAUCCACGGCUCCUUCAGUUUCAUGCAGGACUCUCUUCUUGAUGGUGAGAGCUCCCCCACUAAUGGCCACCCUGGACUGAAGAGACGGCCAUCUGGAUCUCCCUCUCCUCUGGCUCAGACAGACUUGAGAAGCCCAGUUGAUGUCCUGCCCAAAGCAAUGCAUUCCACCCCACUGCCUACCAGGCUUCUGGAGCGCAAAGCCAGCCUGACCGGUGGGGAUCAGUGCCUGGAGAACUGUGACCUAGAGCUCUCCCCAAAGGACCUACCUCACGAACCACUUCAGUUGGCUGAAAGAAAGGCAUUUUCCUCACCGCCGCUGUACUGCAGGGAGUCCACCAUAUCUGCUGGUCUGGAGGAGAAGAGCCGUCCUCGUUCGCCGGUAACUGAGUCAGGGAAGCAGUCCCCAUGUAAUGGGGUGGGAUCUUGCACGUCUACCCCUCCUCAGGGACAGACUUUCUCUACACCACCCACCAGGAGAACUCUCACCUCUGCACAGUUUCAGAACAUCCAGUCAGUCUUCAAGGUGAAUACAUCCUUACCCCAGAAUGGGGAGCUGAACUACAAACCAGACUCUGCAGUUUUCUCUGAGCCCAGGUACAGUACUGCCAGUACCCAAACACCACCUGAGUUUGCUCCCUCAGAAGACGAACCACAGCCUGUGUACCAGUCAGAUUAUUCGGUGGGAAAUGGUGGGCAGAUCUUCCUUUCCCCUAGCCAGUCAGGUGGGAGUGUGGGUCGACCUGGCCAGUUGUACUACACCAGAGGAUCUGUGAGAGGUAUGGCACGUGGCGGCAAGGGACUGGCACAAACCUUUCGCUCUUCUGGUUGGCAUCGAGGAGGAUCCUACAUCCCCCAGACUCAUCUCAGGGACUCUGGCCCCCUUCUCUAUGCUGCUAGAGACUCUGGAUACCAACACAGCUAUAGACGGGGAGGAGGAAGGCAUAACUCCAGUGCAGCCUGGAGUGAUUCUUCCCAGGUGAGUAGCCCAGACCGUGAGGGAGCCUUCACAAUUGUGGACUCGGGGCAUGGCGAUUCACUGUCAGUGUCCACCGUGGAGGUCCCACUCACUCCCCAUGGCCACCACCACACUGCCCUGCUUCCCAUGCAACUCUACCCACUCUCCCAGCCCCUGCGAGUGGCUUUCACUGCCUCUCGCACUGCCAACUUCGCCCCGGGCAACCUGGACCAGCCCAUCGUGUUCGACCAGCUGCACAGCAACCUGGGGGAGAUGUACAACACCCACAUCGGCCGCUUCACUUGCCCUGUCAAUGGAACCUAUGUCUUCAUUUUUCACAUCCUGAAGCUCGCCAUCAACGUUCCGCUCUACAUCAACCUCAUGCGCAAUGAGGAUGUGAUGGUGUCGGCAUAUGCCAAUGACGGAGCCCCAGAUCACGAGACGGCAAGCAACCACGCCAUCCUGCCUCUCUUCCAAGGAGACCAGGUUUGGUUGCGGUUGCAUCGUGGUGCCAUCUACGGCAGCACCUGGAAGUACAGCACCUUCUCGGGCUUCCUUCUGUACCAGGACUGAACUGCCAUCAGCCAAAAAAAAAAAACGGCCCUCUUCUCCCAGUGUGUGAACUGUUUGCUUUUGCACUGAAUGGUGAUUAAACUGACAUUUCAGUAUUGUGGUCAGGUUGCAUGCAAGUGUCCUUUUCACCACAAAGCCCAUUCAUAACAUAAGGUGUGUCAGUGGCCAAAUGGUAUGACCUUUAAUCAGUCAUUAUCUUCAUUUGAAAUGGGGAUUGUGACUACUGAACAUCUACCAAACUUACCUGAUUUUCCCCCAUGAAUGUGUAGUUCACGUCAGCGGUGCUCAAUGUGACUGUGAAAGUAGUACAACUGGGCCUUGAUCACAUCAUGCUGCUGUAAAUCAAAUCAGCUGUUUAGCCCACAGGUCACUGAUAUCAGUGAAAAUUCUGAUGCAAUGUUAUGAAUUCGUGCCUUUUUUUUUUUUGUUUUGUUUUCUGAAUGGCUUUGGAUGACUGACAGGAUGUUAAAUGGCUAAUGAACUGAAUGAAUGGCUGACUCAUUGGACGAAUUCUAACUGACCUUGCAGCACUUUGCUUGAAACUGGGCUCCCUAUGCAUUCAGUCUCACAUUGCUGUGUGAAUGAGAAUGUGAUUCUGAGGAAGGAAAGAUUGUGUUCUGGGUGGUGGGUAUGGUGUUGAACACUUGAGACCAAAUUGUUGCACUAACAGAUUACUGUGGAGACAUGGAAGUGGUCCCUUGA